GACUGAAGCCUGGACCUGCUUUGCUGGCCUGAGAGGGUCUCCAGAUCCAUGGGAAGGCCUUGAAAUAACAUUAGGACUAGUAGGAUUGAGACUUUUCCCACUUCCGAAUGCCCUUUUCUUACUCCCAGCCAAGCACUGCCCUGGGUAGGACAGACGGACGGGCAGUUUUCUCCUCAUGGGACAUGGUGGUGGGCAUACCCCAUCCUCCUUCCCUGCUCAGAUUCAAGGAAGGGCCAACCCACGUAUGGCCCGGCCAGAGCACUCUCUAGGCCUGAUGCCCGAGAGGCAGAGGCCCUGGGCAGCUAGCUGGGCAUGAGAGUUUCCAUCUGGGAGCUGGGAGAGGUCAUGUCCUGUCUGGAAAUGCUGGAAGGAGUGUGGUGGGAACUGGGUGGGGGGUGGGGGUGCACUGGAUGCCCUCAGUCGCUGCCGGGCACAGGGGAGGCUGCAGGCGGGAGGAGGCUGUGUACAGGCAGCCGGGAGUUAGGUCCUGUGGCUGCUGGUGAGUGCCUGGGCAGCGUGGGGCUGGGCCGCCCCUCUCCACUCCCCUCUGCCUGCUGAUUUGGACUCUGCAGCCCACAUGCAGAGCCUCGGCAGGGCACGACCUAAAGCCCUUCCUUCUGUCUAGUGUUGGCGCUAGACCUUGACUGAGUUAGCAUAAGCUGCAAGUUGGGAAAAGGAGGGAAAUCUGUUACCCAUCAGGCUCAUGAAAGUCUCCAAGGUCAAAGAGAAAUAGAUGAUUAUUUCUUAUUAGACCCCCCUUUUGGAUUUCCUGUCCUGUGUUUGUAGAAAUCACAGAUCACAAACGCUGGCCUGGAAGCUAGAUGUAGCCUCCUUAUGCAUUUUGUUUGGCCUGUUGUAGUAUUUUAAAUAUUUGAAAAUUCAUUUCGAUUUUUUAAAAAAUCAAGUUUGUUUGUCCUUUGCAGUGUCUUUUUUUCCCCCCUCUCUCUCUCAACCAGAUUUGAAUUAGUUGCCAAUAUUUAAACAUCAGGAACGUUUGCCUAAAAAGUCCAGAUUUCUGGUUUCUCUCGGGAACCUGGAAGGGGACCACAGGGGCUUGCCUUCCGGCAUUCCAUCAGCCUGGCCGAGGCCCCUCGGCCUCUGCUCUCCAGCCAGAAGCUCAGCUUGACUUUCCAGCUACAAGGACCACCUGCCGUCCUCCCUCUAGUGGGAUGAUCCUAAGUGAUAACAGGAGCCAUGAGCACAGAGGGCCCCAGCCCCCUCGCCUUCCUCACAGCUCCUGCCACUCCGGGGAGGCUCUCAGUGGCAGUUGACCCCAUCCCCGUGCUCAUUGCCCUGGCCUGCAUCUUCCUCCUGCUGGCCACCUGUCUGCUGUUCAUGACCCUCUGCAAGCCCGCUGCGCUGGAGCCGAGGCGCCGCUGGGCCUGCGAGUGCAUGCCGCACCACCCGGGGAGCCCCAGUGAGCCCCAGCUCCGGCUCUGGAAGCGCCUGGGCUCGCUGCGCCGCUCCCUGCACAGCUUCCGCCGUGGCUGGCCUGCCCCAAGGCGCCCCCUGCCGGGCAGAGAGGACCACGACGACUGUGACUGCAUAGAAUCUACAAAGAUGUGACGAGAGUGUCCCCCUACUCCAGGGUCCAUCUGCGGGCCCUCCUGCCUCAGACGGAAACCGGCACCACAGGCUGCAAGAGGACAGUGGCCCAAACAACAUGGGCCACGCGCUCACCCCCACUGGUUCCCUGUGUGCCCAGGCCCGUGGCCUUUCCCAGAGACGGCCCCUGCAAGAACACCUUCCUUCCUGCAGACACUCUAGCUGCUGCCUGCUGGAAGGCUUCUGGACCAAGCUGAGCACCUGCGGCCAUGUGGACCCUUGGCCCAAGGCUCUGAACGGUACAAACCUGGGGCCCCCAGGGCCCCUCUCUGACCACCAGGCACCAACCGUCUCCAGGAAGCAGCACCCCUGCUUCCCAACAGAAGCCCUGCCCGCCCUCCAGGUGCCAAAACCCAGUUCAGAUUCCAGUGCGAGUUGCUGAAUGGCCAAAGGUUCCCUCCAGCCAAGUGAAAUACUCAGCCCCUGCUGGGGAUAAUGGAGUGUCCUGCCCUCUGUGCCAACUCAGUGCCCAAGGCAAAGGGGAACCCAGGGAGUCUUCUCCUCGGACUUCCUGGGCCUGCCAGCAUUUGCCUGUGAUACACGGGAGCAGCCAGCACCCUUGGGUGGAUCAGAUGCUGGGUCCCUGCUGGGAGGAGGGGCAAGCAGGAGGAGCUCAACACCACCCAGCCAAUCACAAUCUCGGCUGUCAUCUUGGUGUGUCCCCCCCCCACCCAGCCCCCAUGCGCCUCUGCUAAGAUGGAUGAGGAACGCGCUGAGAAUGAGUUAAGAAGCUCCUUGCACAGGCCAGGACUGCUCCUGUGUCAGAGUGGGAGGAGGCACUGCCAGCAGCUGGAGGUGUUGCUAUCUGGGCUCUGAGGACACAACAUAGCGGCUCCAUGUGUCACCCAGGGAAGGAGGCGGCCUUCCUUCGAGGGGAAGGGUCCAGCUCUCUCCAGGACGGCUGUGGGCCCUCCGGCUCGGACCACAUAACGUGUGCUACCUGUAUUUUUGGCCACUACUUCACUGACUGGCUACUGUCAAAGUAAUCCCACACCAAGGUGGGCUUCUCAGAAUCCCAAACCUUCAGCCUCUCGUCACGAUGCUGGGGUUAAACACUUUGGUUGGGUCCCAAAUUUGGAGGGUGGGCAGAGGGGUCUGAACUGCCCAGCUUCUGCCCCAGAGAGUCAUCUGUCCGGGGCCACCUGGUACCCCACCACGGACUGCUCCACCGCGCCGUGCUACGCCCCAUAGCACAGCCAGCCGAGUCUCCUCACAGGGUGAGCUCCGAUUUUGGCACUCCCUGGCUCCAAAACCUUCACUGGCUCCCUACUGCCAGAUCAAGCCAGAGCUCCUUCGUCUGGUGUUUGGUGCCCACUGGGAGCUGGCUGUGAACGAUCCUUCUAGCCUCUGCUUGACCCAAGACUCCAGGUAAACUGAAAUACCUGUCCUCCCCUGGCUACGGCUUACCUGGCGCGCCCUCUGUGAAGCCCUCUUUGCUCUACACCUGAAACCACCUCCUACCUGAAACCAAGGGAGGGCAGGGACACUUGCUCUUGGCAGCGUGGGUCAUCCCUGUGUCUCCGCCUUCCCACAAGCCUGGGAGCUCCCAGAGAGCGAGACCGCAUCCAACCUCUCACUCUGCCUCACCAGCUCUGGGCUCAGAAGUAUGGGGCCUCUGUUGACUGAGUGAAGGGUGGCCCCGUCUAGUCCCGGGGGGCAUCCCCUUCUCCCUUCUGAUGCUUCUACGGAGAAGCUCUCUGUCCAAGCAGGCCCUCUUGGACAGGCCCAGUGUACCUUCCUUUUGGGUCAGCCUGACAUCACAUCAAAGAGCGAGCCCGCCUUGGCCAGAAACUUACUUCCAGGGGGGCCUUGGAGAAAUCACCAGUGCCUCAAUUUCUCCCUGAGAAAUGGGAAGAAUCAGGCCUGCCUUAUAUUACUCACAGAGCUCUAGGAUUUCAGUCUGAGUAGUUUGUAUAAAUAGAAACCAAUUCUUGGGGUUUAGAAAGUGCGCAGGCCCCCUCCUGCAGCGCUGUGUUCCCCUCCCUUCCAGAUUAGUGACGCCUCCCUGCUUUGCCUCCCGCCAGCUCUCCCUGAGGCAUUCCAGGCUGAACUCUGCCUGCAGCCGGUCCCCCGACCCCCGCUGGCCAGCGUGCUCUGCCUAGCACGUGGUGUCACCGGGGUGGGCAGUAAGGCUACCCCCGGCCUGAAGGACGAAAAGCUGGGGAGGAGGAGGGGCUCUCAAAGGCUGCCAGACCCCCAGCUGUGUCCCCAGGUUGGUCCUGGGAGACGGGUGUUAGGUUUUGGGCUAGGGGAGAGGCGGGGCCCCACAGCUUGGUGCAUGUGGGGUGUCUCUAAACCCCUAGGAGCUGAGGCUCAGAGGGACAGACCCCUUUUCUAGAACCAGCCCCCAGAGUCCAGCAACCCCCCGUGGCUUCCUGGACUCUCUCUCGGCACCUCUGGAAGUCAGCGCCCUGCCCCACGCCCGGCCCUGAUGCAGGGAGGGGGCACACUCCCAGCUUCCUGCUCUCCUGCCCCUCCCAAGCCCCGGAGCCCGGCCCAGCGGGCAGGCCCAGAUUCGCUCUUGGGCUCAGCCUCCAAUGGGAAACCCUGCGCUCAGCUGGUGAAGAGGGUGAUUCAUGCCCGGCCCCCCUCCCCACGCAGCAACUGAGGCCUCCAGGAAGGGCUGGGGAGGGCACCCAGCCUCCUUUCCAGGUCCCCCCCUUCCUCCCUCGAGGCCCAAGGCUGUCGUUCCUGCUCCCCGGGCAAAGGAGCCCUUUCUUUUUGUGCCGGUUUAUUUCCCAAGAGGGGAGCUUCAGCCAAAAGCCCUGUGAAAGCAGCUCUGUUCCGGGCCUCACUGGGCCCUGGCUUUCGCUCCUCACUCCUUUCUGGGAAAACGUGACACCUCUAGCUCCCCCUGCUCUGAAAGGCCUUUCUGGGUGCAGUGGGGGAUGGGAGAGGACUGUGGGGGAGGGAGGGAGGAGAGGAGGGCCGAGGCCCUCCUUCUGUCUUGCAGGGAGCAAGGGCCCAUCUUGGGCUACAUAACCUCGGGGCCUACUCUCCCCAGGAGGGAGAAGGGAGCCUGGGCCCCCCCUUGGCCACAGCACCGGCUACUUUUGGAGCAGCAGCUGGACCCUCUCCUAUUUCCAGCCCGCUCUGCUGCGAGGCCACUGGGCGCGUGCGCGCUGAGCUGAGCGUGGCCCUGCCUGUGCCCCGGCCGCCACCUGCCUGCACGAUGCUGUGGCCCUCAGGGAUGUCCUCGGGGACGCUGGCUUCAUAGCUGCUCUGCAGAAAGAUGGGCCGGUUGUCAUUCACAUCCAGGACCGUGACAAACACGGUCGCCGUGCCUGUGCGCCGCUUGCCGACGGGGCCAUUGUCUGUGGGAGGUGAAAGAGGAUGGGUGUUAGCAGCUGCCUGAGGGGCACGUUCCCAGGCACCAGCCACAGGUAUGCCCUGUUCCCCCACCUGCUCUGGCCUUUGCAAGGGGGGGGCUCUUUUUCUCUUUAGAUUAGGAACAACACUGACCGUAUCUAAUACGUUCCAGACGCUAUUCUAACUCAUUCAAUCCUCACAGCAAGCCUGCCAAGCGGGCGCUCUUAUCAUCACCCCCAUUUUACAAAGGAGGUAACUGAGGCAUGAGGUGGGUUGAAUGGUGGCCCCCAAAAGAUACAGCCAUGGCAAAUACCUGGGAACCUGUACGUGUAACCUUAUUGGGAAGGAGGGUCUUUGAAGAUGUAAUUAAGUUAAGGAUCUUGAGAUGAGGUAUCCGGUAUCCUGGAUUUUCUGGGUGGGCCAUAAACCCCAUGCCAAGGGUCCUUAUGAGGGAAAGGCGGGUGGGAUUUGACACAGAGAGGAGAAGGCCACGUGACGUUGGAGGCAGAGACUGGAGUUCUGCAGCCACGCGCAAGGAACCCUUAGAGCCACCAGAAACCAGAAGAGGCAAGGAUUCUCUCCUGGAGCCUCUGGAGGGAAUGCAACCCUGUGGACAACUACUUUUGAACUUCCGGCCUCCAGAGCCGUGAGGGAAUAAAUUUGUUCUUUAAGCCACCGAGGCUGUGGUACUUCAUUACAGCAGCCCUAAGAGCCAGAUACAGGUCCUGAGAUGCCAAACCUGACUGCCGUCAGGGCCAGGAAGGCAAGACCCCACACCUGGGCAUGCCUGCCUCAAGGGGCAGCUGUCCUCUGCUCCGGUCCACACUGGACAGGCAGGAGGGGGCCCAGUGACACUAGAUCUUCUGAUUUCUCAGGAGAAAUCAAACGUCUGAGCUUUUAAAUAAAAU